AUGGAAGAGAGUAAUAGCAAUAAGCACAUAGCAAACAAUGUGGCUCGAGCCAUUGUUGCUGCUCUUGACUGGAACUCUACCUCUGAUUCCCGCAAAGCUGCUGUGUCUUUCCUUGAAUCCGAGAGUUGUUCGUAUUUUGAUCGAGUUUUGAGUUUUGUGCUGAAGGGUAUUGCGAAUUGGCCUAUGAGGAGUAAAAUUUUGCAAGUUGUCAUCAAAUUUGUCCAGCCACCUGCUUGUAUUACUAUCAAAGCAGGAGACGUACGGGUCUUGGCCAGCACAUCGUUCGUUCUUGUCAAAAGGGACUGGUCUUCUGAAAUUCGGUUGCAUGCUUUCAAAAUGCUGCAGCAUUUGGUCCGGUUGCGAUGGGAGGAAUUGAGCCCAACAGAACACAGGAACUUUGCGAAUGCUGCUGUUGAGUUGAUGGCUGAAAUUGCUAAUUCCUGUGAAGAAUGGGCUCUGAAAAGUCAGACAGCUGCCCUUGUUGCCGAGAUUAUCAGAAGAGAAGGCUUAGAACUGUGGAAAGAACUGCUUCCAUCUCUGGUUUCCCUAUCCAGCCAGGGCCCCAUACAAGCUGAGUUGGUUUCAAUGACACUGAGGUGGCUUCCUGAAGAUAUUACAGUUCACAAUGAAGAUUUAGAAGGGGAUCGGCGUAGGUUAUUGCUGCGAGGGCUUUCUCAGUCAUUGCCUGAAAUUCUACCACUACUGUACACUUUACUUGAAAGACACUUUGGUGCUGCAUUGAGCGAAGUAGGUAGGCAGCAACUGGACAUUGCAAAACAGCAUGCAGCAACAGUAACAGCAACUUUGAAUGCUGUCAACGCAUAUGCAGAGUGGGCGCCUUUGCAGGAUCUAGCCAAAUAUGGCAUAAUUCAUGGCUGUGGUGUCAUGCUGACUUCUCCCGACUUUCGUCUUCAUGCUUGUGAAUUUUUCAAACUUGUCUCACAAAGGAAGAGACCUGCCGAUGCCUCUGUUUCUGAAUUUGAUUCUGCAAUGCGUAAUAUCUUUCAGACCAUGAUGAAUGUCUCCCGAGAUAUUCUGUACAAAACUGGCUCAAGUGCUGGAGUUAUGGACGAGAAUGAAUUUGAGUUUGCAGAAUAUAUAUGUGAGAGUAUGAUGUCUUUGGGUUCUUUUAACUUUCAAUGCAUUUCUGGUGAUAGCACUAUACUCUCUCUUUAUUUACAACAGAUGCUGGGCUUUUUUCAACAUUUUAAGCUAGCUCUACAUUAUCAAUCCCUGCUUUUUUGGCUGGCAUUAAUGAGAGAUCUAAUUUCAAAGCCGAAAGUCACUGCACAUUCAGCAGAUGGGUCUGCUUUUAACAGUGCAGGUGCCAGUUCUGGACAGGCUGAUGACGAAAAAAGGAGGACUUUAAGCCUUGUGAAUGAUGAUAUGUGCGUUGUGAUGCUGGAUAUCUCUUUCCAGCGCUUGCUUAAGAAAGAAAAAGUGUUCUAUGGAAAAUCCCUUUCUCCUGCAGCGUUGGAGUUGUGGAGUGAUGAUUUUGAAGGCAAGGGUGAUUUUAGCCAAUAUCGUUCCAAGCUGUCUGAGCUGAUGAGGCUUGUUUCUUCUUUUAAGCCCUUAAUAGCUGGUGCUAAAAUCUCUGAAAGAAUUUUGUCAAUCAUUAAGAGCAUUCCAAAUUCUCAAAUGCCUGUUCAGGACUUAGCUGUGAUGGAAAGCAUUCAAGUGGCUCUAGAAAAUGUUGUCAAUGCAGUUUUUGAUGGAUCAAACGACUUUGCGGGGGGCAGUUCUGAAGUUCACCUUGCGUUAUGUAGAAUAUUUGAAGGUUUACUUCAGCAACUCCUUUCUUUGAAAUGGACAGAACCAGCUCUUGUGGAAAUUCUAGGACACUAUCUAGAUGCAUUGGGUCCAUUUUUGAAGUAUUUCCCAGAUGCAGCUGGCAGUGUCAUUAAUAAAUUAUUUGAGCUUCUAAUGUCAAUCCCAUUUGUUGUUAAGGAUCCUUCGGUAAGCAGUGCACGUCAUGCAAGGUUACAGAUUUGUACAUCAUUUAUUCGUAUAGCCAAAGCUGCCGACAAAAGCAUUCUACCCCACAUGAAGGGAAUAGCUGAUACCAUGGCAUAUAUGCAAAGAGAGGGUUCUCUACUUCGUGGUGAACAUAAUCUGCUAGGUGAAGCAUUUCUUGUUAUGGCUUCAGCUGCUGGAAUUCAACAACAGCAAGAAGUUUUGGCCUGGUUGCUCGAACCUUUGAGCCAACAGUGGACACAGCUGGAGUGGCAAAAUAAUUAUUUGUCUGAGCCACUAGGUCUUAUCCGUUUGUGCUCUGAGACAGCAUUCAUGUGGUCAAUUUUCCACACUGUGACAUUCUUUGAGAAGGCACUUAAGAGGAGUGGAAUCAAAAAAGGCAAUAUGAAUUUGCAAAGCAGCUCAACUAUACAUCCAAUGGCUUCUCAUCUGUCCUGGAUGCUGCCACCUCUCUUGAAACUUCUUCGUGCUAUACAUUCACUUUGGUCUCCAUCCAUAUCUCAAAUGUUACCUGGAGAGAUCAAAGCUGCCAUGACUAUGGGCGAUGCUGAGCGAUAUAGUCUCCUUGGGGAAGGAAACCCCAAAUUGUCAAAAGGUGCCUUAACUUUCAUAGAUGGAUCUCACGUUGAUAUGAGUAAGGAAGGACACACUGAAACAAAUGAAGCUGAUAUACGAAAUUGGUUGAAAGGUAUCAGAGAUAGUGGAUACAAUGUAUUGGGCCUAUCAAUGACCAUUGGUGAUCCAUUUUUUAAAUGUUUGGAUGUUCAUGCUGUUGGCGUGGCACUAAUGGAGAAUAUACAGUCAAUGGAGUUCAGACAUAUAAGGCAGCUUGUUCAUGCAGCUUUGAUACCUUUGGUUAAACAUUGUCCUAUCGAGAUGUGGGAGGUCUGGCUGGAAAAGCUCUUGCAUCCAUUAUUGAUCCAUACACAGCAAGCUCUUGCCUUUUCUUGGUCCAGUCUCUUGCAUGAGGGUAAAGCAAAGGUCCCAGAUGUCCUUGGCAUCUUUGCUGGGGCAGACUUGAAAGCAGAAGUAAUGGAAGAGAAACUGCUUCGAGACCUAACUCGUGAGACGUGCUUACUUCUCUCUACAAUAGCUUCACCCGGACUAAAUACCGGGCUUCCUUCUUUAGAACAAUCUGGUCAUGCUAGCCGUGUGGAUGCAUCUUCUUUGAAGGAGUUGGAUGCAUUUGCAUCAAACUCUAUGGUUGGUUUUCUUUUGAAGCACAAUGGCUUGGCCGUUCCAGCAUUACAGAUUUGUUUAGAAGCUCUGACAUGGACAGAUGGUGAAGCAGUGACAAAAGUUUCAUCCUUUUGUGCUAGUGUGAUUCUUCUAGCAAUCUCAACUAAUAACGUUCAACUCCGAGAGUUUGUUUCUAAAGAUCUGUUCUCUGCCAUUAUCAAAGGCUUGGCGCUUGAGUCAAAUGCAGUUAUCAGUGCUGAUCUAGUUGGUCUCUGUCGAGAAAUAUUCAUGUAUCUAUGUGAUAGAGAUCCAUCUCCAAGGCAGGUUCUGCUUUCUCUCCCUUGUAUUAAACCCCAGGAUUUGGUUGCCUUUGAAGAAGCUUUGACCAAGACAGCUAGCCCUAAGGAACAAAAGCAGCAUAUGAAGAGCUUGCUUUUAUUAGCAACUGGAAACAUGCUAAAAGCUCUGGCUGCUCAGAAGAGUGUAAAUAUCAUCACAAAUGUUACAAUGAGGCCUCGCAGCUCGGUAAAUGCUCCAGAAACCAGAAUUGAUGAAGGGGAAACUGUAGGAUUGGCAGCCAUUUUGUGA